AGUCUGCACAAGCCCAGGGAGCCCGGGAGCAACGAGGGGCAGGCUCAAGGGAAGGCCCCACCAAGUCUUUUUGGGGGCCCUUGAAUGGCAACUGAUACAUAAUAAGACACAAUCUAUUCUGCUGAUUCACAAUUAUGGAGACUGUGUAACUGAAGAUAGAAGAGAGACCUAAAAAUAAACUCUUGAAAGAAGGAGGGAUUUGCCUUCGUUUGGCUCUGAGCCAGUCCCUGCAGACGCCCUGCCGCUUCUAUGAUCGGAGGCUGGGAAGCCCACUGGUCCAAAGGUCUACACAUGAAGUCACCAUAACGAGGGUGGCUCCCGCUUCCUAAAGACCUCAUCGCCGCGAGGUGAGGCUAAGAUGAGCAUAACCAGUGACGAAGUGAACUUUCUGGUGUAUCGAUAUCUCCAGGAGUCAGGUUUUUCCCACUCGGCCUUCACGUUCGGGAUCGAGAGCCACAUCAGCCAGUCCAACAUCAACGGGACGCUGGUGCCGCCCGCCGCCCUCAUCUCCAUCCUGCAGAAGGGGCUGCAGUACGUGGAGGCUGAGAUCAGCAUCAACGAGGAUGGCACGGUGUUUGACGGCCGCCCCAUAGAGUCCCUGUCCCUGAUAGACGCCGUGAUGCCCGACGUGGUGCAGACGCGGCAGCAGGCGUUCCGCGAGAAGCUCGCGCAGCAGCAGGCCAGUGCGGCGGCCGCAGCGGCAGCAGCAGCCCCGGCAGCCCCGGCAGCAGUUUCCCAGCAAAAUCCACCAAAGAACGGAGAGGCCACGGUCAACGGGGAGGAGAACGGAGCACACGCAAUAAAUAAUCACUCGAAACCCAUGGAAAUUGACGGGGACGUUGAGAUUCCACCCAACAAAGCCACAGUCCUUCGGGGCCAUGAGUCCGAGGUGUUCAUUUGUGCCUGGAACCCUGUCAGCGAUCUGCUGGCUUCUGGGUCUGGAGACUCGACGGCCAGGAUAUGGAACCUUAAUGAACACAGCAACGGGGACUCCACCCAGCUUGUGUUGAGGCACUGUAUACGGGAGGGGGGACACGAUGUCCCCAGUAACAAAGAUGUCACCUCGCUGGACUGGAACAGCGAUGGGACACUUCUGGCCACAGGUUCAUACGACGGUUUUGCAAGGAUUUGGACGGAAGACGGUAACCUGGCCAGCACCUUAGGCCAACAUAAAGGCCCCAUCUUUGCCUUGAAAUGGAACAAAAAGGGGAAUUAUAUUUUGAGUGCUGGUGUAGACAAAACAACAAUCAUUUGGGAUGCCCACACAGGAGAAGCCAAACAACAGUUUCCUUUCCAUUCAGCCCCUGCUCUUGACGUGGACUGGCAGCACAACACUACCUUUGCCUCCUGUAGCACAGACAUGUGUAUUCAUGUAUGCAGACUCGGCUGUGACCGCCCGGUCAAAACCUUCCAAGGACACACAAAUGAAGUCAAUGCUAUCAAAUGGGAUCCUUCUGGAAUGUUGCUAGCAUCCUGCUCUGAUGACAUGACAUUAAAGAUCUGGAGCAUGAAGCAGGACACGUGUGUGCAUGACCUGCAAGCUCACAGCAAAGAGAUAUACACCAUCAAGUGGAGUCCCACUGGGCCGGCCACCAGCAACACCAACUCCAACAUCAUGCUGGCGAGUGCUUCGUUUGACUCCACGGUCCGGCUGUGGGAUGUGGAGCGAGGGGUUUGUAUCCACACGCUGACCAAACACCAGGAACCUGUCUACAGUGUCGCUUUUAGCCCCGACGGGAAGUACUUGGCCAGCGGCUCCUUUGACAAGUGUGUCCAUAUCUGGAAUACUCAGAGUGGCAGUCUCGUCCACAGCUACCGAGGCACCGGUGGCAUCUUCGAGGUGUGCUGGAACGCUCGCGGGGACAAAGUGGGCGCCAGCGCCUCCGAUGGCUCCGUGUGUGUUUUAGAUCUGCGGAAGUAAACACAAAAUAUUAUAGAAAAACUGAAGAGUUCUAGUGGACCAGCAGAGAACCUGUGGGUCUUGGCCCUCUCCAGACACCAUUCUGUCAGCUCCAAAACUGUACGAACUUGACUUGCGUUAGAGUGUACUUGGAAAUCAACUCGUCCCUGGCCACAGGAGUCUAUAAGUUUUCGUAAUCUUCAUCAAGAAGUUCCCAAACAAACAAGCAAAAUCAAAAGCAUCAGUCAUAUCAGAGGGGGAAGAGUGGUCUCCAUCCAGAACAUUCAGCCCAGGAAACAGGAAGCUAGACGUGCACGGUGUGGUUUCCAUCCGGAAGAGGCUCUGAUGGCUGAACGGAAAACAAGAAAAAAGGAAGCUGUGCCAAAAAAACAAAAACAAAAAAACAAAACAAAGAAGCAAAAUGCUGUGAUAAACCAGAAGGGGAAACGUCCUCUCCUCACGCUGGUGUUUUCUUUCCCCUGACAAUUGGGACACUACAGCUGCUCUGGCAAAGGAUGUUCAAAGACCAGUUUGUACCGAUGCGAUGUGCAACUUUGUAAUCCCAACACUUUCUAUUUUCUAGAA